AUGGUACCUCCAUUGUCGUUUCUCCAUAGAAGGUUCGCGAGACCCACUGAAACAAGUGAAGCUCACGAUGCUUCGGCUUCCACACGCCUCCAGGGACAGCUAGGUGGUCUCACCGGUGAGCCUGCCUUCCCUGCAACGAACCCGAAAAAACGCCUACGUGGCAGGGGAGCAGGGGCUUGGGACCAAUCAUCAAACAAGUCUGAGGGGCAGAAAAAUCUCACGAUGGCUUCGCUUUGGCGUUCCCUUCCGAUGCCCGGGGGCAGCCCCUCCUUGGCCACGGGGUGCAAAUGUACUCCAAAUAGCCCGGUCCAGACUAGGGCAGCCAGCUGCGAACUGCGGAGAAGAGGCCCAGAGGGAGACAAGGCCGCAAGGGCAAGGGCUGUGAUUUACGGCGGCUUAUUCGUCAAGAAACCCCCCCAAUCGCUGGGCUGGUCCAGCUUUGCACAGGGUCCCUGA